UUAGUCAAAGUCACCAUUCACCAGUCACCCGACCUGUCCGGCCGGCUGGCCCGUAUAAUGGCGCACGCAGCGACAGUGGUCCAGAGCAGGAGAGGCGCACAGGAAGCAGCCAUGGCGAGCCCGUUGGUCAGCUCGAGCGGCCUGUGGACCGUGCUUGGGCAAGCCUCGAACGUGGCGCAGCUGGUCGGCGUCGACGCGCUCGGGCUGGUGUCCAUGGUCGUGCAGGCCGCGCUGGCGGCGCGCCGCCACCGCGACGCGUGCCGGCGCCUGGCGCAGCACGUGGAGGUCGUCGGCGGCCUGCUGCGUGAGCUGGAGGUCGCCGAGCUGAUGCGGCGGGAGACCACGCGGCGGCCGCUGCAGCAGCUCCAUGACGCCCUCCGGCGGUGCUACGCCCUCGUCACGGCGUGCCAGGACUGCGGGUACCUCCGCAGCCUGUUCGUCGGCGCCCGGAUGGCCGAAGAGCUCCGCGCCGUGGAGCAGGAGAUCGACAUGUUCAUCCGCCUCGUCCCGCUCAUCGCGCUUGUCGACACUGCACAUGAACGCCAGGUCAAGGCUGCUGAAGGAGUGCCAGUUGUAAUCAUGAAUGGGUCAAGCCAUCAUCACAUUUCAGUCAAAGAAAGCCAUCAUCACAUCAGAUUUCGAAGAAGUGUUGAGGACUUCACCAGAAUACAAGUUCAAGGAGCUCCUAACAUUUGUAACGUUGCAAAACAACCGUUUGCAGGAGCAAUGGACUUGCAAGGACAGAAGAUUCUGGACACUGAAGAACUGUUGGAGCUUUGUACCCGUACUGAAGAGAGUUGCUCAGGAUUCAGAAAGUUUGAAUUCUCUCAGAUUGUCGAUGCUACCGACUCAUUCUCAGAGGAUAGAAACGUUGGGUGGGGUGGUUUUGCUAAAGUUUACAAGGGUGAGUUGCCUGAUGGACUCAUGAUUGCCAUCAAAAGGUUGAAUGAACAUGCGGCAGUAUUUGAUUUCAGCAGUGAAUUUCUACUUGUGAGGCUUGAGCAUACCAAUCUAGUUAGGCUAUUGGGGUGGUGCAUCCAUGAGAAAGAAAGAAUUCUGGUGUAUGAGCUCAUGCACAAAGGUGGUCUGCACCAAUUCAUCUUUGACAAAGUAAAGGGGCCAUUGCUAGACUGGUCUAAGCGACUUGAUAUAAUUAAAGGGUUAGCAGAGGGACUUGUUUACUUGCACAAGCACUCCAUGUUCUGCAUUGUCCAUAGGGACCUGAAACCAGAAAAUGUCCUCUUGGAUCAUGGCAUGAACCCAAAGAUUUCGGAUUUCGGAUCAGCUGUAACUCUGAGUUCAGAUGCAUCAGAAGGGCAUACAAGUAGGGUUGUGGGAACUUGUGGUUACAAAGCUCCAGAGUAUGCAUCUCGAGGCAUUUAUUCAGUCAAGACUGAUGUUUUUAGCUUUGGGGUGUUGGCUUUAGCAGUCAUCAGUGGACGAAAGAAUAUCAUACUGGAGCAUCAAGGAGACACUGUUGGUAACCUCGUAAGAGAUGCAUGGCAGUUGUGGCAUGAUGGAAGACUACAUGAGCUUGUAGAUCCAAUAUUAGGUGAUGGAUUUGAACUUGCUGAGGUAAAACAGUACGCUCAGGUUGCACUACUCUGCACUCAGGAAGAUCCAGCAGAUCGCCCCACCAUGUCAGACGUUACUGUGCUCCUAAACUUUGAAAGCAUAAGCCUAUUGCCAGAUCCCAAGCAGCCGUCUGAGUUGAUUAAUGGUGGUGCUACUGGCGACAAAUUAUCGACAUAUGUUAACCAGUCAAGUAGAACCAUAAAUAUAACCAUCACAAGCUCAGCUCCAGUAUCAACUAGGGUCUGCAUCAUUGUGGAGCCAGAGACUUGAAAUGUGCAAAAUGAUGUAAAACAGAGAAUCCAGAACGUUUUCUCUUUGUGUGAAUGAUUUGUUUCGAAUGAAAUCUUUAUGUAAAUAAUGUUAUUUAUUACUUUGGGAAUAUUACAGUUAUUUUGUUUUA